ACAUCCACCGCGUCGUCCCUCCCGUACGCAUGCUGCCAAACCCGUGCGCAUCCUUCAAACUGCACAGCCAGGCCAGCACAGACACCGCGAUGCUUCCUCGCGGUCCACAGACGACCUCCCGCGGUGCUCACAUUCGAUCACUCGACGGUCACCGCGUCACCGAAGAUAACCGUGCACAGGGCCAGCCGUUCCCUGGAAAGCCCCGACUGGAUUGCAGUGAGCAGACCAACGAGUGGAAGCGUACGCAAUGUCUCACGUCGAGAUGCGACCCCGGACUGCAAUACAGGCAGAGCAUGAUGGGUGCGCGCUGCCGGAUCAGCAUGCCCGCCAAUCUCGUGAAUUCAAGCUGUCGGCCGGUGCUGCGGAAGAGCGCACGGGGCCAGGCUUCCAGCAAAAUACCAUCCGUACGCGGCCUCCGAGUCGCACGUCGAGAGCGUUCGUGGACGUCGUGCACACGGACGCGAUCUGCGUCCAUUUUCGGCUCUCGUAGGCGCGUCCGGGCUGCAACACUAGCGGAGGACGAUGGACACCACGGGUUCCAGUGCUCGCAGCCGUAUGACACCCGCA